AUGCCGGUCCGUACUGGAGACCUGGAUGUCGUAAUCAGCGCCUUGGACCGUUUAUAUGACUACAGGGUGAAUAUCUCUUGUGAUUUCCAUUAUCGAGAAUAUUGCGCCGGUCGAACCUCGAGAAACUACCCAUCAGGAUUGGAGGAGCUAUUGGAGGCAUACAAAGGGGUUUGGAUGAAGCUGGAGAGGAGAAAGCUCUGCAGUGCUGCAAUGACACAGCCUCACACACAAGGCAAUAUUUUCUACCACCAGGCUGUUGGACAUUCAGUCCCAGCCAAUAACGAACUUUUGCCCAACAACGCAGGUUCGGGUGGCUUUCCUGUGAAUCACCAGCUAGCAAGGCAUUUCGAACUAGAGGGAAAUCCCAUCUGUCGGUCAUUCGACUCCGAGUCUGGUGACUUGACCCGGAAUAUAGCUGAUCAUAGGGAUCUGAUUAAUCCAUUUCAGGGGUUUCUCACGAACCAACGUAAUCGAGCCCAAUCGAGCCUCCGAAAUCCCUUCGCCACACAGCCUGACCACAGUCCUGCACAAGAGCCACGUAUGGUUGGUUUUGAAGACGGAGGAAUUAUAUCAAUUGAGUCAUCUGACGAAGAGAUGAUGCAGGGGCAACUGGAACACGCUCCCGUCGUUCCUCAGGCUCCAGGUGGUCGUCGAAGAAAGCGCAAGGGACAAAGGGAAAAAGCUCAAGACCGGAAUCGGAAACGUAAAUUCCAGGCCAAGAAGAGGAGAGAGCGUCGUCAUGGGCAAGGUGGUCAACCUCAUCCAUUGGGGCCACAGAUACAGGGCGGAAGUCAAGGAGAAGCUUGGCGUGAUACGGGGAAUCAGCCGCAGCCUGAUUCGCGGUUCAAUCCUCCAACUGGACCGAGGGCAUGGAGACAACAGCAUGGUGGGCGUGGCACAUUUCGAUACGAAGGAUAA